UUUCAGAAAAUUUUUGGCAACAAACCAAGCUCCACUUUUUGUGAAGUUCUGUCAAUUUGGCUGAAAGUAUAUCUUACGCAUAUUAUAUCUAGAAGCCAGUAGAAAGUUUCAUUUCCGAAGAGUGAUCCACAAUGAAGAAAUCCAAAUCUGACUCUGGUAGUAAAAGGAAGAGACGAAGUUCCUCAGUCGAAAGUAAAUCGAAACGGUCUAGGGCUUGCUCGAAAUCCGGUGAAAGAGAAAGGUCUCGUACUGAAAAUAAAGCUCCCCGUAAAACUCGAUGGCAUAGAAGCCGAAGUCCUGCAAGAGAAGAUGUUCCUAAACCGUCAUUGCUGCCGGAGGAUGGAGAGAAGAAGAACAUGCCCGGCCAAACAUCUGUGACAAGAAUAAAGGAUAUGCUCGAAGAUAAGGAGAAAAUAGUAGAGCAUCUUUUCCACAUAAUAUCCGGAACAGAACUUCAGGAAUUAGUUCCAGAAUAUCUGAAAAAAUAUUCUGCAGAGGAUCUGAAAAAGUUGUGCUCGAAUGAAAUACAGCAAAUGUCUAAUGAAACUAUAUUAGCUGUAAUAGCAGGAAAAGAAUCAUCAGUUUGCAGAGAAACUGAAGACCAAGAAAGCGUAACGCAAGAUAAACCUGAAAAAACAAGUGGAAAAUGUGAUGCACCAACAGAUGACAGAAAACAUCAAUUGCCUGAGAAUGUUUCACAAAGUAAGUCUAGUCCAGAUACUAGCGAGAAUUUAUCAAGCGAUGUCCUGGAAUUGUUUGCGACCUCAAAGGAAAUGGAGAGUAUAAUAGAUGAAGAAAAUCAGGUCCCAUCAGUAAUCGAAGAAGAAGUUGCCAGGGAUCUUCGUCUGAAAGGAAGUGAUGCGGAGCUGUUAGAACUCGAGAUGAGAGCCAGAGCGAUUCGUUCUCUUCUUAAAGCAAGAAGCCAGGCUGCAUCAGAUCAAGAGAAAGACAGUUCCAUGCCUAAAACAUCAGAAAAAUGAAACUAUUAAGAAUACGGUUCUGAACAUGAAGUACAUGUCUUUUUUCAGAACUAUCAUUUACUGUAAUAUUUUUCUACUUGGUAUGCUUUUUCGGAUACAAAAUCUAUAAUUUUGUUUAUCACAUCCAGUCAAAUAUUUUAACUGAAAUACCUUAAACAAGAGCUAACUAAUGUUCUGCUCUAUUUAAUCUUAAAUUAGUUCCACAGUAGACAUUUUUCUUAAUUUUUGUUAUUUCAGUAGCUCUGGGAAAAAAACUGAUCUGUUAAUAAUUAUUUCUGUAAAUUAUAUCUGUCAAUAUACUUUUUUAAAAAUUUAAUAAAACCUGUUUAAAUUGCUGCUACGGAAACUUUGGUUUUAUGCUUCAUUUACUCUAAUGAGUAUGUAUACAUCUACGACAUACCAUCUUUGUCAUACAAGACAAUCCUGCUGUAUUCUUCAGGGAAAAUGAAAAUUUUAAUCAAAUAAAAAUAUAUGCCUGUACUACAUA